AUGACAGCCCUUCUUGGGCUCUCCAGACGUGAUGCCGCCCACCCCCCAGAUCCCCAGCCCCAGCAGGAUCUGCGAGAGCCCUCAUUGGGCACCCCAUACGCGACCCCACCCCGGCCCAUAUCCCCAGCCCCUGAAGGCACUGUGAGAGCCCUCAUUGGGCAUCCCAGACGUGACCCCGCCCUCUGCACAGGUCCCCAGCACCUGCAGGCACAGCGAGCGCCCUCAUUGUGUACCCGAGACGCUACCCCCGCCCCCCUUUCAGAUGCCCAGCCCCUGAGGGCAGUGCGAGAGCCCUCAUUGGGCACCCCAGACGCGACCCCCUCCUGCCCAGGUCCCAAGCCACUGCCCUAUGGGAACUGCGAGAGCCCUCAUUGGGCAUCCAAGACGUGGCCCGCCCACGCCCAGGUCCCGAGCCCCUGCAGACACUGCGAAGGUCCUCACUGGGAACCCAGACGCGACCCCACCUCUGCCCAGAUCCCCAGCCCCUGCAGGCACUGUGAGAGCCCUCAUUGGGCACCCCAGAUGCGACCCCCGCCCCGUGCCCUGAUCCCAUGCCCUGCAGGCACUCUGAGAGCCCUCCCUGGGCACCAGAGACGCUUCCCCGCCACCUGCCCAGGUCCUAAGGCACUGCAGGCACAGCGAGAGCCAUUCUGGGCACCCGACACGCGAUCCGCCCCCGCCAGAUCCCCGGCCCAGCAGGCACUGCGAGAGCCCUCCCUGGGAACCCGAGAUGUGACUCGUCCAUGGCCAGAUCCUCAGUCCAUUCAAGAACUGCAAGAGCCCUCCCUGGGCACCCAAGACCCUUCCCCGCCUCCUGCCCAGAUCUCCAGCCCCUGCAGGCACUGCGACAGCCCUCCUUGGGCUCUCCAGACGCGACCCCCCCCCCCCAGAUCCCCAGCCACUGUAGGCUCUGCGAGAGUCCACACUGAACACCCCAUACAGGACCCCACCCCCGCCAGGAUCCCCAGCCCCAGCAAGCAUUAUCCCCAGCCUCUGCAGGCAGUGCGAGAGCCCUCACUGGGCACCCCAGACGCGACUCCGCCCCUGCCCAGAUCCCCAGCCGCUGCAGGCACUGCCAGAGCCCUUCUGGGCACCCCAGACCCGACACGCCCCCGUCCAGAUCACAGUCCCUGCACGCACUGCGAGAGCCCUCCCUGUGCAUCCCAGAUGCGUCCCCACCCCCCGGCCCCCCUGUGUCCCAACUCUUUUAGGAAUGGCGAUAGCCCUGCUCUGGCCACUGCAGGCGGGACCCCGCCUCCUACCCGGCUCCCCAACCCUUGUCCCAAGCCCCAGCAUGCUUGGCAAGAGACCUCCCCUGAGCACCCCAUGCGAGACCCCAACCCCUGUCAGGGUCCCCACCACUGCAGGCAGAGGAAGGGCCCCGCAGGAACGGCGAGGGCCCAGCCCUGUGCAGCCAAGACGAGACCCCGCCGCAAGAUGGGGUCCCCAGCCCUACAGGCACAGAGAAGACCCUCAGGCACAGCGAGGGACUGCCCUAGGCAUUGCAUUUGUGACCACGCCCCCGCCUGGUCCCCAGCCCCUGCAGGCACUGCAAGAGCCCACCCUGGGCACCUGAGAGGCGACACGCCCCCUUCUGGGUCCCAGUCCCUGCAGGCACUACAAGAGCCCUCCCUGGGCACCCAAGACACGAAACCGCCUCCUGCCAAGGCUGAGGACCCCGCCCCGGGGCACUCCAGAAGCGACCCCGCCCCCAGGCCAGGUCCAAAGACCCUGCUGGCACUGCCAGAGCCCUCCCUGUGCACCCUGGAGGCAACCCGCCCACCGCCCAGACGGGACUCUGCAUACUACUCCGGCCCCACCCCUGUAGGCAAGCUGAGAGGCCUCCCUGGGCACCCCAGACGCGACCCCGCCUCCUGCCCGGGUCCCAAGCCACUGCAGGUACUGCAAGAGCCCUCCCUGGGCACCCCAGACGCGACCCGCGCCCGGCCCCGAUCCCUAGCCCCUGCAGGCACUGUGAUUGUCCUCCCUGGGCACCCAAGAUGCGACCCCACACCCUGCCCGGGUCCCAAACCCUGCAGGAAUGGUGACAGCUCUGCUCUGGCCACCCUCGAUGGGACCCCGCCUCCUACCCAGGUCCCUACCCCUGCAGACACGACCCUGCCCCCUGCCCGUGGCCCAAUCCCCUGCAGGAAUGGCGUGAGCCUCACCCUGGCCACCCAGUUGGGAGCCCGCCUCCUACCCCCGUCCCCACCCCUGCAGGCAGACUGA